GUGUUGCGCUGUUUGAAGUGAAUGAAAAUGUCUGACACGAAUGGAGACAGCAAAGGCCAAAAGUCCAGGGAUGUGUUUAGUGAUUUAAUGGACUUGGGGAAUGUUCUGUACCACAGAGGAGACUGGGAAAAGGCUGCAGAGAGCUUCACAACGGCACUGACUCUGAAACCUGGUGAGAAGAACUGCCUUGUUUGUCGGUCCAGAUGUUACCUGCACAUGGGGCAAUUUGAAAACGCUUUAAGAGAUGCAGAAGCUUCACUCCAAGACGACAAGACUUGUUGUGAGGGACUGUACCAGAAGGCAGAGGCUUUGUACCACAUGGGAGAACUUGAAUAUGCGCUGGUGUUUUACGACAGAGGACAAAAGCUGCGUCCACAGAUGCAGGAGUUCAGACUGGGUAUCCAAAAAGCACAGGACGGCAUCGUAAACUGUAUAAACAACCACACCUCCGUAAAACCAAAAAUUAAUGAAGGGGCAUCAUUUCUUCAAAAAGAUGAGAAGGCACAGCCAAGUAUUUCUAUUCAGCAUCUGACCGAAGAGAACAAAGACCAGACCCAGAAGACUCCCAAAAGUGAGAAGUUUACCAGGCAGGUGUUUGGAGAGUUUUACAGUGACAAGAAAUAUCUUGAAAACCUGCUGAAAGUUGAAGGCUUGGUAAAUGGAAAGACAAAGGGUGGGGAAAACCUGCAGGACGUCAUUCAGACCUCCCUGAAAUAUCUUGACACUUGCACCGACCUCUUUAACCAGAAGAAACCUGGGAAACGGGAAAAGCAGAGUAAGCGCACGGGGAAAAAAUGUUGCAAGCAGCCUUCUCAAGCUCCCCGUGAACCUGCUCGUUUUCUGCUGAAGAGCCUGGAUGUCAUUGAUGCAGAGUUGACCUCGGGAAAUGCGGAGGGUAGUCUCAAGAAGGCAAAAGAAGUCAUGGAGGAGGUGCAGAGAUGGUCUGAGAAAGAGGUACCCGACAAGAAAGAUGUUUUGGGCAGCCUGCACAGUUACAUUGGGAACGCCUUGAUCGAGCUUGGAGAUAUGGACAACGCCUUAGAACAUCACCAAAAAGACUUGGAGUUGGCUAAACAGUGCAAUCACCCAGAGGCAAUGUCCCGGGCACUGGACAACAUUGGCAGAGUCUAUGCCCAAAUUGGAGACUUCACACAGGCCAUUGAGUUCUGGGAAAAGAAGAUCCCCCUGCUAUGCGGUGGUGUAGAGAAGACCUGGUUAUUUCACGAGAUUGGUCGGUGUUACCUGGAGCUCGGUCUCUACAAAGAAGCCAGAGACUACGGCAUCCGUUCUCUCACUGCAGCUGAUGAAAUUGCUGAUGACCAAUGGCAUAUAAAUGCCAAUGUGUUGUUGGCGCAAUCAGAAAUGAAACUUGGAAAUAUUGAAUCCUGCGUCGCCAGCUUUGAGAGAGCUUUGACCCAUGCCAAACUGCAAGAAGACGACUUCCUCACAAAUGCAAUUCAGAAGGCUCUUGAUGAAGCAAAACAACAACCACGAUGAAGAUGUAUCCAGUUACGACUGAGGGGACAAAAAAAGUCAGAAGAGGACAAGUGUUUUCAUGUGCACAUACAUCAGUUUGCAAGUUGUAAUUAACUGGCAACAGCAUUUGGCAAUUGCUUCAGUUAUCUAUGUCUGUAAUUAUGUUCCACAGAGCAGUAACAGCAGGGGACGUCUUUUAUGUUGGCAAAACAUGACCGAUGCCAUCACUAAAACUCAAACAAAAAACAAUACAGUGCACUCACACACACUUUUUGUUCCUUAGUUGAUAUUGUGGGUUUUAUUAUACUUUAGCUUUCUUUCAAUAAAAACCUUCAAACUUAGAUGUAUGUUUACUUAAUUUACAAAAUAAUGAGUAUUGCCAACCUCUGGUGCAUAGAACUCCAAAAUACUUCAACCUUCACAAGCUAUCUGUGCACUGUAGUCACAGCAGCAAUGCAGUCCACUGGCUGGGAUGUAGCGAGGGGGGAGAAGCUGAGCUCCAGCUGCUGCCAUGCAGGAUGCUUAUCAUCACCAUCAACCCACCUUGACGGGGUUUGUUGGCUUCCAACGGUUGCCUAGUUGCUGCUCCGCAGAUAAAUACAGGAGAAAGGCUUCACUGGAAUGUAAAACUUGAGGGGGAGAGCUAGGAUCUGUAAAUCCACUUUCCUCUACACAGCCUUUUGAAAUUUGUCGCUGGCUCCAAUGUGUAUGUCCUAGUUAAACAAGAGAUGGUAUGGUAUUGGGUAUAUGUAAUAACCAGUCAUUAGUUUCAAAUGUAAACCAUUUUAAUAUAAUAUUUGUUCACUGGUUUGACUGAGAGCUACGAGCUUGUUAUGUUUGUAAAAGUUUGGUGGACUGUACUUUUAUUUAACUUAAACCUUGUAUAGUGCUGUCUUGAACUAAUUGUUUGCUAAUCUCUAUCCCCUAUUAUAUAAACUUGUUGUUAGACUUAUUAGGGUUAUGGUGUACUAAAUAAAAAGCAAUAUUUUAAUCAAAAGACAACUGAGGAGACAGCCCAACAAAGGACAGCCUGUUCACAGGCAGGAGUAACUCCACCAAGUUGAGAUGGGAAAUAGUAUUAAUUUGAGGGCUUGUAUAAUGCCUGUAUAUUGUGAACGGUUGUAGAGACAGUCAUUAUUCCUAAUAAUUAUCUUUUUGAGGUGAAAGUGCAGAACUUGUCAUAUGUUUUUGUUUUGCUCUUGGACAUGGACCUUCCUCCACCUCUUCUUCCAGGAUGUCAACUGCAACGAUGCAUAUUACUGUGACUGUUUAAUAUUCAUGGGAUAUCUUGUUAUUUUGA